AUGGAAAUCAAGGACUCUAGGGAACUGAAAUGGCCUCCCCGAUUGCGGUCUCUCCCCGAUACUCGUGACAAGAGUAAAUACUGUGAUUUCCAUAGAGAUCAUGGCCAUACAACAGAAGAUUGUUUGGCCUUAAAGCGGGAAAUCGAAGCUCUUAUGAGAAAGGGAUUUCUGAGCUCUUACAUUAACAAUGACAAAUGCCCGACGAAUAACCAGAACAGGGAAAAGGCCCAGAGGAUCGGGGAAACAAGCAACCAACUGCAGGCACUAUCAAUAUCAUUGUCGGAUGAACAGCCUCAGGAGGGGACUCUAGCAGUGGGCGAAAACAAGGACAUCAGUUUUGGAAUGGAUGACUUGGAAGGCAUGGCAUUCUCCCAUGAUGAUGCCCUUGUCAUAUCGGCCAUCAUCGCCAACUUUGAAGUCAAGAGAAUUCUAGUAGAUAACGGAAGUGGAGCAAACGUGCUGUCUCACGAAGCUUUUGUUCAAAUGGGGAUCUCGUCAGAACAACUAAAGCCAGUGAAAACACCCCUCCAAGGGUUUGGAGGUACGGUCAUCACCCCAGAAGGUAUCAUCGGGUUACCCUUAACAUUGGGAGCCGAAGGUAAACAGGUGACGCAAAUCACUACCUUUGAAGUCGUCCGUAUGCCAAUGGCUUACAACGCCAUAUUGGGAAGACCAAUGCUCAAUAAAAUUCGAGCUAUUGUCUCAACUUUUCACCUGGCUAUGAAAUUUCCUACUCCUAAUGGCAUCGGGGUAGUCCGAGGCAACCAAACGGUGGCCCGAUAG